AGCGCAAAACGCAUUUCUUCUGGUGCGACCGGAGGGCGCAAAAGUAGCAGUUCUCCGACCCUGACGCACACCAUCUCCGACUCCGGCGGCCCCCCGAAUCCAACUUCACUGAGCGGGAAAUAAAGAGUUUCUAAAGAUCUCCCGGUGACUCUUCCAACCAUGGACGCAUCUCGACUCGUAACGCUAUAUCUGGGCCUGCUCCUUGUUUUCCUUGGGAAUAUACCGUGUUUCCAGUCUGCUGCUAUCAUCUCUCCCUCUGCGCCGAGGAGAAACAAGGGAGCCCGGAUCUCUCAUCGGGACGGACAAAGGUCAUCCAAAAUCCUAAAAGACAUCUUCGCGUCUUCGCAUCCUAUUGUGGGCCAUCACAAAGAAGACCCAAAGGACGCUAUUGUGCCGCAUGAAUACAUGCUCUCUAUAUACAGGACAUACUCGGCUGCAGAGAAGCUCGGACUAAACGCAAGCUUUUUCCGCUCCUCUAAAUCUGCCAACACCAUAACAAGUUUUGUGGACAGAGGAACAGACGAUCUUUUGCACUCUCCUCUGCGAAGACAAAAGUAUCUGUUUGAUGUCUCAACCCUUUCAGACAAAGAGGAGCUGGUCGGGGCGGAAUUAAGGAUAUUUAGGAGAGCGCCCGGGGAUUUGCAGACUUCCCUGCAGACGACGGGCCUCUACGACAUCCAGCUCUACCCAUGCCGCUCGGACAGACUGCUGGACUCUCGGUCCCUGGACCCGCUGGACUCCACCAAGCCGGGCUGGGAGGUUCUGGACGCGUGGGAAAUGUUUAAAGCACACCAGCAUCAUUAUCACCACCCCCAUCACCAUCAUCACUAUCAGCAGGGGAACCAGCUCUGCUUCCAGCUCCGCGUCACUCUCCGCAAAUCAAACACCGAGGUGGACCUGAGGCAGCUGGGGCUGGACAGGAGCGGCCGGUCCCAGCAGGAGAAGGCCAUCCUGGUGGCCUACACGCGCUCCAAGAAGAGGGAGAACCUGUUCAACGAGAUGAAGGAGAAGAUCAAGUCGCGGAGGUCGGUGGGUGAGAAGGAGGAGGCGGUGAUGGUGGUGAAGGCGGCGGAGGAGGAGGGGUUGUCGCUGAGGGGGGUGAAAGGAGAGGGGCCUCGGCGGCGGCGGAGGACGGCGCUGAGCAACCGGCACGGGAAGAGGCACGGGAAGAAAUCCAAAUCCAGGUGCAGCAAAAAGGCGCUGCACGUGAAUUUCAAAGAGCUGGGCUGGGACGAUUGGAUCAUCGCGCCUCUGGAUUACGAGGCGUACCACUGCGAGGGGGUGUGUGACUUCCCCCUGAGGUCGCACCUCGAGCCGACCAACCACGCCAUCAUACAGACGCUCAUGAACUCCAUGGACCCCAACAGCACCCCGCCCAGCUGCUGCGUCCCCACCAAACUCAGCCCCAUCAGCAUCCUGUACAUAGACUCAGGCAAUAACGUGGUGUACAAACAGUACGAGGACAUGGUGGUGGAGCAGUGUGGGUGCAGGUAGCGGUCCUUAUUCAGAGAGAAAAACUUUAAAAGACAGAAAAAUCAAAGAUAGGUCUUGAUGGGUCCCAUGCAGGUUGAAGAGUCCUCACAGGUCUGAAAUGCUUUGACGCAUGACGCGCUUUGUCUUUAUUCAAAAGGGAUGCACACUAAAGGCGAUAUCUGCUAUUUAUUCAGACUCAGUACAGUCACAGUAAUUCACACUCUCUGCCUUAACGUGUUACGCCUUCAUUCCCAUCCACGCAACAAGUGAUCACUCAUCAAACAGGCUUUUGUUUCCCGGAGAGUGAGACGUGUCCAUAUGGCACAAGGGAUGGGUACAAGGCGAGAUGGGGAGCCUAUUGAGACCGACUGUGCACCUGUUCGUGCCGAGGCCAGAGGACAGUGGGCUUUGCCUGUCAGCGCUUUGUUGUCAGCUCUGCCGUGUGAUCCUGCCAGCCAGGCCGGACUCUUUUGGGUAUGUGCAUCCAGGCCGUAAUUGCCACUGUCCAGCUGGAGUCAUUACAGGCCCGAGCAAGUGCCUGUUUUCCAAAUAAAAGGGGGUGAAUGUCUAAUCUACCAAACACACACACACACACACACACACACACACACACAGACUGGUCUGAGGAGAGGAGAUAAGAUGGUUGGUGGUAAUGCCUUCAAGAGAUUUUUGCCUUACUGGAGACCAGUUGAAGAGGCGCUGGGAGAAGCGUCGUGCGCCUUUGCGGACAGAAAGGACACAAAACCAGACUUGUGCCUGACUGGGGCCCUGUUGUACAAAAAAAGCACACAUUACUGAGGCGAACUUUUUGCUCAAAAGUCUGCAUCUUUACGAAAUGCACUUCCACAACUGACUGCGCCAAGGACACGCGGUCAGCGAGAGAGUUUGUCUUCUCUGAUGAUGACGAAAAUAUAAGAAAGAAAAAAGACUCGCAAACGAGACGAUAUUUAAAUGCACAUUAGCUUUGAAUGCACUGCUGUUCAUUUUUUUUUUUUUUUUGAGUUGUAAAUAUUUGUACAGUCGAAAACUUUACAAAGUGCAACGAAUGAAGAAAUGAGAAAACGGCAUUUCUUUGUAAAUAUACAAAAUGCACUCAAAUCGGUAUAAUUUCUAUUCUAUAAUUAUUUUAUUAUUUGUGAUGUACAGAGUUUCAUGAUAAUCAUAUAUUUCUUACAUUGAUAAGAGUAAUUUAAGGUGUAUUCGAUAUUUGUCUUUUUGCAGAGGGUGGAAAAUACCAUUAUUAAUGUCUACCUCAUAAUUGCAUAUAGGAUUUGAGUUUUGAGGUGCAUUCAGUUAGAGUGUAAAGAGCUUUUACAAUGAUAUAUAAGAUCAUUUAUAUACAUAUAUUACUGGAUAAUAUUCCACACCAUUACUGUACAAAUAAAAUUCAAAACAAAGUCGACCAGUCUGGUACUUCUGAUGAUUAAUGUCACCCUUCCUGCAUU